AUUUCACCUAUCAUCGCCCACUCCUGCCCUCGUCCCCGUCAAUCAUAUUAUCACCGCCCGGUGCUCCGCUUUCUUUGUGUAUGCCCUGCUCCUCUUUUUCCCAAGAUUCCUGCGUGCUUGCAGCCCCAUCUUCCCACCCUGCUUGCUCGUCCUUCCCACCCCUCCCCUCCCCUCCUCCACCCCAUCGUCACCGUCCUCGUUCCCGCCUGGUCUGUUGAUCCCGCAAGUCUUGUCGGCAAGCCACCUUUCAACGGUUUCGACCUUGUGGCGGCUAUCGGGUAAAUUCCCACUAUCCCGUCUCCGUCUGUUUCUCCCUGCAUAUCUGCUUCUUCGGGAGGCCUGUUGUCGGGUUCGAUUCUUCAGCAGGUCCAAGCAACGCCCUAGCAACCCGGUAGCAAAGUCAAGCAACCAACCAACCUUGCCUUGCUCGACUCCACGAAACUGCUUCUCGCCUUGUCGUGUCUCAUUCGCUAAGGCACACCGGGAUUCCCCAGUCGCAAACCUUACUUUCGUCGUUUCAGGUCCAUCAACCCCGCCCCGACGGUUGAUUCCUGUCGCUACAGACACUAAGUGGGACUUGCAGAGCUUGGGCGAUCAAUGGUUUGGACGUUCCAACUGAGCAACGGUUCGAUACUUUUCAUUCUUUCCUCUCUCGCCUGUCAUGGAUCCCAAUCUUCGACCUCAAGUCUCGAGACCUCCCUCUGCUAGCAUCCCCCCUCAAGGUCCUCCGCCCCCUCCGCCACUGUCGAAUCUCCACCAAUAUCAGAUGCAUUCGCCGUACGCGAUGGCGCAACCGCAUACGUUGCCGCCACUGCAACACCAUCAGAAUCCGUCGCCAAUUCAGCAUACGUAUCUCCAGCCUUUCCGGAAUGACAUGCCUAGAUACCCGACAACCUCCGGCACCGAUGUUUAUGCGGUAUCGUCGGCGCCGUUGACCACGCAUGCGCCCGUCAACAGUUUGCCACCGUCAACUUUCCUUGGCCACCAACAUCCACAGCAAUUCCAGCCACAUCAUAUGCUCCCACCCACGACAGCCACCCAAGCAUACCCGCAACCAAUCGCGCCUGCGCCACCGCGUGACAGAAGAUCAGAGUAUGGCGCUGUGCCGUUGGCCCCGUUUACAAACGGGGAGAACAAGCCACCCGUAUGGGCUGGCGCAGAAGGACUGCCACCCACCUCUGGCCCGUACAUGCCAAAAGAUCCUCCGAGAACACAAGUGGUAGGAACCCAGGGCCGGAGAGGUAUUCUUCCGAGUGUACCGGGUCGCGCUGCGGUUACAAACGGUGUGAAUGGUACCAAGGGAACAACCAUCCCUGCCAAGGAUGCAGACGGGAAGUUUCCCUGUCCGCACUGCAAUAAGACUUACUUGCAUGCGAAGCACCUUAAGCGGCAUCUCUUGCGCCACACCGGUGAUCGCCCUUAUAUGUGCGUGCUUUGCAAGGAUACGUUUUCUCGCAGCGAUAUUUUAAAACGCCACUUCCAGAAAUGCUCCCUGCGACGAGGGAACCCAACCGGAGUUAGCCAUUUGUCGCAUCCACAUGCGCACCUGAAAAGAGCUCAAGCAGCGGGCGUUGUUCCAAAGCUCGUCCAGGGUGAUGUUAGUAGUUCCUUUUCGACUCCUAAUGGUAUUGUCGGUACUACGUUUGGGGAAGGGGCCGUGAAUGGGGUUGCAGUGGCUCCCGCACAGCAACCCAGGUUCGCGGAUCAUCACCAUCUUGGCUAUCCGAUGCCCUCGGCCAAUGGAUUGAACCGCGGUCCAGCUGACCCGGCGUUCAAUCCUAACCAGGCGCAUCCGAGAGCACCCUGGAUGGCUGAACCCAAACAUAAUCAUUUGGUGAUGCAGCCGGGCACUGACACAGCUGGCCAGUUGAACCACGUCGGUCUUCCACCGAUCGACUCUACAAAACCGCCUACUACUGCUGCUGCUACUACUGUGCCUGACAACAGCAAACGACAUGUUGUUCCAGCGGCACAUAACGCUAAUGGUAAUAAUAAUCACGGCAACAAUACCGGCGACAUCGAUUGGUCGACCAUGUUGCAGCCGGGUGCGCACGAGAACUAUAUGAACCCCGUAUUCCCCUCCACGAUGGCUCCCGUGAGCGAUGCUAUGCGAGCGCAGAUGGAUAACGAUCGAAAGUUUUACCCUACGGCGACGAGCGGACAUCAGGAAAAUAGUGGCCUGAAUGGGCUCUAUUUGGCUUCUACGACUCUAAGCGGCGAUGGAACCGUUCAAGCGGCCCGGCAAUGAGUAGCAGCUCGAGGAAUCUCUGACGGCCGGUUUAUAUGAAUUUUUUUUUUUAAUAUAAAACAAAAAAUUCGAACGUUUUGUGCGGAUUUAUCAGGAACCAUAUGUUUCUCGCUUGUGGCCUGUUAGAUGCGUGUUUGCGAUUCUCAAAAGUUUUCGGUUAUGCGUGUUGUAUUGGAGUUUUGCCCACCGUUCUGGGUGAGCGUUCUCGGAUCCGCUCGUCGGAAGGACUUUUCUUCGAUACAGUAAUGCCUACUGAAGAAAGAAUCGUGGUGGAAUUCAGGAAAACGUUUCGAGUCAAAUUGGCCCAAGGGCUUCGACAGUUCUACGGUGUGCGAUCCUGAUCCGUUCGAUACUUAGCGGCGCGAAAGCCAAAAUCAGAGCAAGCCCCUUUCUCGGCAGCACCGUGGCGGUUUUGUCACAAUUCCAGCCGCGGCCUGACGACGACUGGGCCCCAUCCUAUAUGCACUAUGCUCCAAUUGAUUUGGUGAUCUGUACCCAAGUUCUGUCUGAAAUGUUUUCCUUGUCGUUUCUAUUUCACCGCCCGCAUCUUCAAAUCCUUGUUGCAAAACGGCUUAAAAUCUUUCCCACUUUUUAUCCCGGUCGAACGUGCGCAGGGCGCGAGUCGACUGCAUAUCUCCCAAAGGCAAAAUUCGGACACCAGCAUUUUUAUAGACUCGGGGCAUAUUUCAUGUGUUGGGUGCAUGUCGUUCAAAACUUUUCUCAUCGUUUCUUUGUGGCUUUUCUCUCGUAUACAUACGUUUAUCUACCGGGAGGGUGGUUUUUGUUUUUUUUUUCUAUCUACUGGGUUUCUCAGGCACUCGUUCUUCGCCUUUGCAAUAGAGUUUUGUUUCGCUGAUUUUAUUUUAUAUUUCUUUUUUUUGUUUCGUCCCCUUGCGAAUGGCAAAAGAAAAGCUGUUUCCACAGUCUUAUUUUCUGCUCCCGCUUCUCGCUUUUCAUUGCUGAGGGACUAUUAAGUGUCUUUUUAUAUUCCGGUCCUCAGAUACCAUUUUAUGGCAGAUUACCAAGUUUUUAUGUCUUGUCACGGCCGUCUUAAAAAACCAGCAUAUGAUAUUUUUUAUAAGUAUUAUUACUAUUUUUAUCCUGUGUCCCUUUUUUUUUUGUAGUUUCUUUUUUUAAUCUCUUUUUUUUUUUUGCUUCUAGCAUAUUUUAACCUCUGGGUUUGUCUCUGUUUCUUUUUUUACCAUAUAUUGGUGGCAAGGCCUUGCGGAAUAUCCUAGAAUUUUUGCAUGCUCCUUCCCUCUUAUACUCCCCCCUUCGUCUUCUACACACGUCGAGAUGUGAAGUUACAUGCGUGUAUGUGUGAGGAGAUGUUGGAUGAGAGAAAGAAGGAAACGACAGAAGCAAGAAAAGAAGAAAAAAAAAUCGAAAGGAAAUG